UCAAGACAAAAGAUCUUCUUUUGCAUCAAGACAAGACUAAAAGUGUUUAUCCUAAACUAUCCCCAGAAGUUGAAUCUAUCUGAUUCAGACAACUCUCUCUCUCUCUCUCUCAAGACCGUAUCUUUCCGACAAAGCUUAAACCCUCACCACAGCGAUGAAUUCACAUCUCUUCCGAGUAAUCUGUAUACUCCACUCCGUUAUCGCACUCACAAGUGGGACCCUGAUGAUGUUCUACACAGAGAAAGCUUCAAUCUUUGGACACGGCAGCGACAUAGCUAACAAGCUCAAAGGCUCAACGCCUCACGACGAGAUACUCAUCCAGAUCUCUCAAUCUUUCUCCGGUUUGCUUCUCUUUGCCAUAGGUUUGGUGCUUUUCAUGGUGUCGUUUGUUAAGGAUAGAGAGUUUCAUAGCUUCUUCGCUGGAGGGUCUGUGAUUCUCUAUGUGCUUAUGGCUUUGUGGAGAGUUGUGUUUGAGUGGAAGAUUGAAGAUCUUGCGUUUGAGUGUCCUAAGCAAGCUCUUGGAGAUAUUGCUUUGGCUGUCUCUUGGGUUUUCUUCCUAGUUUAUACUUGGAGGGAGAAGUAUGAUUGAUUGAUUGAUACCGUCAGCUUAAGGGAAAGUGAAGUGUUUAGAUCAAAAACCACUGUCGGUUUUCAUAGUUGUCAGAAGAUUAAGUGUGAAAAGAUUUGGAUUUUGUAGUUGAAAUAGAGAAAAAUUGUCAAUGAAAAUAAUGUGUUUGCUCCAUCUCCAUUAGCUGCUUCUUCUUCUUCAAUACAUACAUUGAAGGUUUCUUUUUUGUUCAAGAUUGAAAGGUAUUGAAAGGUGAAGCCUUUCCUUAAUACUUCACUCACAUAUGCUUCAUUCAGAGUCUAUAUAGCUUAAUAAAACUCAAUUCCCU